AGCAGCGGAUUGUAGCGUGGCGGCUCGCGCUUCCCUGGGCGCGCCAUGGCACAGGCCAGAGCCUCCGAGGGGCUGCUCCUGCGCUCCGUCGCGCUGUGGCUCGCCCUCCUCGGCGCCAGCCCGGCGGCCGCGUCCAAGGCGGUCACCGCACACUUGGCUGCCAAGUGGCCCGAGACCCCGCUGCUGCUGGAGGCCAGUGAGUUUAUGGCAGAAGAAAGCAAUGAAAGGUUUUGGCAGUUUGUGGAGACAGUGAGAGAGUUAGCAGUUUAUAAACAAACAGAAUCAGAUUAUUCUUACUACAACCUAAUCCUGAAGAAAGCUGGACAGUUUUUAAACAAUAUACACAUCAACCUCUUGAAGUUUGCUUUCUCUCUAAGGGCAUACUCCCCGACUGUUCAGAUGUUCCAACAGGUUGCUGCUGCUGAGCCCCCACCAGACGGAUGCGAUGCAUUUGUGGUUGUGCAUGGGAAGCACACCUGCAAAAUUAGUGAGAUUAAGAAGCUGCUGAGUAAGGCUACGUCAAGACCCAGGCCUUUCCUAUUUGAAAGAGAUCAUAAGUUUCCCACAGGCAAUGAGAACUUACCAGUGAUUAUUCUCUAUGCAGAAAUUGGGACAAGAGAAUUUGCUGAAUUUCACAGAGUAUUGUCUAAGAAAUCUAAAAAUGGUAAAAUUCUGUAUGUUCUCCGCCACUAUAUUAAGAAGCCAAGUUCACGGAAAAUGCUCUUGUCUGGCUAUGGGGUGGAGCUAGCAAUUAAAGACACAGAAUACAAAGCGUUGGAUGAUAUCCAAGUGAAAACUGUGAGUGAUGCUGCUGCAGAGGAGACUGACGUAGAUGAAGUUCAAGGAUUUCUCUUUGGGAAGCUAAAAGAAAUAUAUUCCGAUCUUAAAGAUAAUCUGACAGUAUUCCAGAAGUACCUGAUUGAGAGCAGCAAAGCAAUGAUGCCUUUGAAGGUCUGGGAGUUACAAGAUCUUAGUUUUCAAGCAGCUUCUCAAAUAAUGUCCACUCCUGUUUAUGAUGCCAUAAAAUUAAUGAAAGAUAUUGCGCAGAACUUCCCCAUAAAAGCCAGAUCUCUGACAAGGAUUGCUGUAAAUGAACUAAUGAGAAAAGAAAUACAGGAAAAUCAAAAGGACCUACGAGACAGAUUUGACAUUAAGCCAGGUGAUGCUCGUCUAUUUAUAAAUGGCCUUCUUAUUGACAUGGAUGUUUAUGAUCCUUUUAGCAUUUUAGAUAUUCUCAAAUCAGAAGGAAAGCUGAUGAGCGGCCUUAAAAACCUUGGCCUCAGUGAGGAAGACAUGAGCAAAUUCUUAAAAUUAAAUUCACCCGUUUGGAAGCACGACUAUGUCUUAGAUAUUCGGCAUUCUUCAAUAGUGUGGAUUAACGACUUAGAAACUGACGGUUUGUACAGUACGUGGCCUGCAAGUGUGUGGGAAUUUCUAAAACCAGUAUUACAGGGAACAGUUCCGUCCAUAAGGCGUAAUUUUCAUAAUUUGGUUCUGUUUAUUGAUCCUGCUCAAGAAUACACCUUGGAUUUUAUAAGUUUGGCAGAAUUUUUUUAUUAUAAUGAAACUCCUCUUAGGAUUGGUUUUGUGUUCAUUCUUAACAUGGAAAAUGAAGUUGAUGGAACAGCAGAUGCUGGGGUCGCUCUCUGGCGAGCUUUCAACUACAUUGAAGAAAGGCAUGGCACAUCAGAAGCAUUUACCUCCAUGAUACACAUGUUCCAAAAAGUGAAGGGUCAUCGUGUGCUCACUGUGGAUGACGUGAAGAGUGUUCUCCAAAAUAAAUACCCUUAUGCUGACAUUUUGGAUAUCUUGGGAAUCCAUUCCAAAUACGACAGGAGAAGAGCGGCAGGAACAAGCUUUUACAACAUGACUGGUUUAGGUCCUUUGCCUCAAGCUCUUUAUAAUGGUGAACCCUUUGACCUCAAAGAGAUGAGUCCUGAAGAUCUGAGAGGGGCUGUCCUGGAGAAAAUGACGGAUGCCUUUGUGUCUCUGCAAAGAGAUGUGUUUACGGGAACAUUAAAUGAUGAAAUCAAUGCAGUUGAUUUCCUGAUGGAUAAGAAUAAUGUUGUACCCCGUUUGAAUUCUUUGAUUUUACACACUAAACCACAGUACCUUAAUUUAUUAUCUUCAUCAGUAACUGCUGACAUUGAAGAUUUCUCCACUUUCUCUUUCUUGGAUUCACAAGAUAAGAGUGCUGUGAUUGCAAAAAGCCUGCAGUACUUAACCCAAGAAGAUAAUGUACUAUCUGCAGUCACUCUGUGGAUUGUUGCUGAUUUUGAUGUACCAUCUGGGAGAAAACUGCUGUUUUCUGCACUAGAGCACAUGGAAACAAGUGCUCAUAGUCGGUUGGGGAUCAUCUAUAAUCCCACAUCAAAGAUAAAUGAAGAAAACACAGUCAUUUCUAGAGGAAUUUUGGCAGCUUUUCUAACACAUAAAAACAGCCUUUUGAGAAGAUUUCUCAGAAAACUGGCAAAAGAAGAAACUGCUGAAGCAAUUUAUUCUGGAGACAAAAUUAAAACAUUUCUUACUAUGCAGAUGGAUAACAAUGCUUUUGAGAAAAAAUAUAACACCAUUGGAGUAAAUAUUUUUCGAACUCACCAGUUAUUCUGUCAAGAUGUACUUAAACUGCAACCUGGCGAAAUUGGUAUUGUCAGCAAUGGGAAAUUCUUUGGACCUUUACAUGAAGAUUUCUACCUAGAAGAUUUUCACUUGAUUGAAAAGAUAACAUUUAGUAAUUUGGUAGAGAAAAUUAAAGACAUUGUUGAAAAUAUGGAAAUCGACUCCAAAGACAUGAGCGACCUUGUGAUGAAAAUCGAUGCACUGGUGUCUCCAUUGCCAGUGCGUGCCUCUCGGUAUGAUGUCACGUUACUAAAAGAGAACCACAGUGUGAUAAAGCUGAGUCCUCCCGAGAAGGACCUGUUCUAUGAUAUUGUGGCUAUCGUGGAUCCCUUGACAAGAGGAGCGCAGAAGAUGGCACAGCUAUUGGUUGUGCUUGGCAAGAUUGUAAACGCGAGGAUGAAGUUGUUCAUGAACUGCAGGAGCAAACUUUCCGAAGCCCCCUUAGGAAGCUUUUACCGAUUUGUUCUGGAACCAGAGCUGAUAUCAGAGGCUAACAAUGGUCCUUCUCAUGGACCAGUGGCAAAAUUCCUGGACAUCCCAGAAUCACACCUUCUAACUCUCAACAUGAUCACCCCAGAAGGAUGGUUGGUUGAAACAGUACACAGCAACUGUGACCUUGAUAAUAUUAACUUAGAAGACACUGAGAGAACAGUUUCAGCAGAGUAUGAACUAGAGUAUCUGCUACUUGAAGGACAUUGCUUUGAUAUGACAACAGAGCAGCCCCCUCAGGGUCUGCAGUUUAUACUGGGCACAAAAAGCAACCCUGCUGUAGUUGACACAAUAGUGAUGGCCAAUCUUGGGUAUUUUCAGUUAAAAGCAAACCCAGGUGCAUGGAUACUGAAAUUGCGAGAAGGAAAAUAUGAAGAUACUUAUGAAAUAGUUGUGCAUGAAGGAACAGACUCAGAGUCUGAUGCAGGCAACGUUGUUGUCAUGUUAAACACUUUUAAGAGCAAGAUACUGAAAGUGCAGGUAAAGAAAAAAUCAGGUAAAAUUAAGGAAGAUGUCCUUGCUGACAAACAUGAAAAUCGAGGCAUGUGGGAUUCAAUUAAAAGCUUCACAAAAAGUCUGCAUAAAGAUGACAGAAAGGAAAAUGACAUCCUAAACAUUUUUUCAGUUGCCUCUGGCCAUUUAUAUGAACGUUUUCUACGGGUUAUGAUGCUUUCUGUUCUGCGGAACACCAAAACACCAGUGAAGUUCUGGUUUCUGAAGAAUUACCUCUCCCCAACGUUUAAAGAGGUGAUUCCUCACAUGGCUAAGGAAUAUGGAUUCCAAUACGAACUUGUGCAGUACAAGUGGCCCCGCUGGCUUCAUCAACAGACUGAAAAGCAACGGGUCAUCUGGGGUUACAAAAUUCUUUUCCUUGACGUCCUUUUUCCAUUAGCUGUGGACAAGAUCAUAUUUGUUGAUGCUGAUCAGGUUGUGAGACAUGACCUAAAAGAGCUUCGAGACUUUGAUCUGGGUGGAGCUCCUUACGGAUAUACUCCGUUCUGUGACAGCCGCACUGAAAUGGAUGGGUACCGUUUCUGGAAAACGGGAUACUGGGCAUCGCACCUGGUGAAAAGGAAAUACCAUAUCAGUGCCUUAUAUGUUGUGGAUCUCAAGAAGUUCAGGAGAAUCUCCGCAGGCGAUAGGCUUCGGGGCCAGUACCAAGCUCUUAGUCAAGAUCCAAAUAGUCUUUCAAACCUAGACCAGGAUCUUCCCAACAAUAUGAUUUAUCAAGUUGCCAUCAAGUCUCUUCCUCAAGACUGGCUGUGGUGUGAGACCUGGUGCGAUGAUGAAUCUAAACAAAGAGCCAAAACCAUCGAUCUGUGCAAUAAUCCCAAAACAAAAGAACCCAAACUGGAAGCUGCUGCAAGGAUUGUCCCAGAAUGGGUCAAAUAUGACACAGAAAUACGAAAAUUAUUAGAUCAUCUUGCAAAUAAGAAAAGCACAAUGUCUGCGCAUGAUGAGCUCUAGCACUGGGUUCCGGAAGAUGAACUAGGAUGGAAUUCUGCCACCUGCUGGGCGUUUGUGGAACUGCUAACCAGUAGGCCACUUCAUUCAAUUUACUGACCUACUAUUCACUUUUUAUAAACUUUAUUUAAAAUACUUGUAGAGUUUUAAAAUAAACUUAAUUUAUGUGGUUCACA